AUGGAUCUUCAGUGGGACUACAUCCUCAAAUACGUCCUCAUAGGCGACUCCUCCGUUGGCAAAUCGUCCCUCCUCAUCCGCCUCACCGACGACAGCUUCAACGCCACCGAACCCACCCUCGGCGUCGAAUUCGGGUCUAAAAUCCUACACAUCCCCGACCCUUCCCCCUUGCCUGAUGUUUCGCCAUCAGGAGGAGGAGGGAGUGGGAGUGGGAGUAGGGGGAGAGGGGAAAGGGCGGGGAAGAGGGUGAAGAUUCAGUGUUGGGAUACGGCGGGGACGGAGAGUUUUAGGAGUAUCACGAGGAGUUAUUUUAGGGGGGCGGCUGGGGGGCUGGUGGUUUAUGAUGUUACGCGGCGGGAGACAUUCGAACAUGCGACUUCCUGGUUAUCAGACCUCAGGGCACACGCUGAUGAGAAUGUUGCCGUCAUUCUGAUAGCGAACAAAACAGACCUCUGCUCCCACUCCCCACCAACCCUAACCCCCUUCGGCCAAGCCCUCCCACCCUCUUCCUCAGAUCCCUCCUCCUCAAUCUCUCCCUCAUCCUCACAAACCAAGCUAAAACCCCGCGCCGUGUCCACCUCCGAAGGUCAGCUCUUUGCCCGGCAAAACGGCUUGCUCUAUGUCGAAACCUCCGCCAAGAAUGGGUGGGGCGUGGAAGAGGCGUUUGAGAUGACUGCUCGGGAAAUACUGGGGCGGGUGGGGAGGGAAGAAGCGGAGAGGAAGAUGAAGGGACGGAAAGGGCUUAGCUUGGGGCAAGGAGGGGGCGGUAAGGGCGGGUGUUGUUGA